AUGCCAGAAGUACCUUUGUACGAUGUCGUCAUAAUAGGCGCAGGGCCUGUUGGUCUUCUGCUCUCAGUUGCUUUGUCCCGAUGGGGCUACAAGGUCAGACAUAUCGACAACCGACCAGUGCCUACUGCCACCGGACGAGCAGAUGGUAUCCAGCCGCGUUCAAUAGAGAUUUUGAAGAACAUGGGCCUGAAACGCAAAAUCAUGGCCCACAACCCUGCUAGAGUGUUCGAAGUCGCUUUCUGGGACCCGGCAGCUGGCGGCAAAAUUGUCCGAACAGGUACAUGGGCAAGUUGCCCUGAUUUUCUCGAUGCCAGGUAUCCUUUCACAGCACUCCUGCACCAGGGACUGAUCGAGAGAGUUUUGAUCGAAGACAUUGAGAAGAAUGGUACCCACGUUCAACGACCAUGGACAAUUACCCGCUUCGAAACCAACAAUGUCAACCCCGAAUAUCCUGUUGAGGUCGACCUGAAGAACCUAGACAGCAAUGUGACUGAAACAGUCCGCGCAAAAUACUUAUUCAGUGGCGAGGGUGCCCGCAGUUUUGUUCGGGACACAUUGGGUGUGCAAAUCCGACAUAAAGAUCCCAUCUCGCAUGUGUGGGGAGUCAUGGACGGAGUGGUGCGCACAAACUUCCCGGACAUCAAGAUGAAGUGUACCAUCCACUCCGACCAUGGUAGCAUCAUGGUCAUCCCGCGUGAGAACAACAUGGUACGUCUUUACAUUCAAAUCGCCAGCAGUACAGAUCCAGACUUUUCGCCGCGCAAGACUGCCACAGUCGAAGAAGUCCAAGCAGCUGCCAAACGCAUUUUCCAGCCAUACUACUGCACCUGGGACCGUGUAGAGUGGUACUCUGUAUACCCUAUCGGCCAGGGCAUUGCGGACAAGUAUACCUUGGACCACCGAGUCUUCAUGGGCGGUGACGUAUGCCACACCCACUCUCCCAAGGCCGGCCAAGGUAUGAACACAGCCUUCCACGACGCCAUCAACUUUGCAUGGAAAAUGCACCUGGUCGAGGCUGGCUUUGCAAAGCGGGACAUCUUAACCACAUACGAAGUCGAACGGAAGUUUAUCGCCGAGACACUGCUCAACUUUGACAACAAAUACGCCGCGCUCUUCUCGCAACGGCAACCAACAGCCAAUGAAGUCGACAGCGCGCACAACAGUCAUGGCGGUCAUGACACCAAGAACGAAUUUGUUGAAAUGUUCAAGGCCAACUGCGAAUUCACAUCGGGUUUCGGUGUCGCUUACAAUCCCAACAUCUUUAACCACUCCUCGGAACACUCUUUUCAACACCCGCUGAUCAUCAAGGACUCUCCCAAACUACGGCCCGGCCGAAUCAUGCCCCCAUCCAACGUUACACGGGUUGUUGAUGCGAACGUUGUACAUCUCGAAAACGAAAUUCCAUUCAACGGUGCGUUCAGACUGUUCGUGUAUGGCGGAGCCUCCCAAUCACCAAAGCGAGGACAACACAAGGCACUCUCAGACCUUGCCAGUGGUCUCACCAGCCCCGGCAGCUUCUAUACACGGUACGAGUCCAAGGAGCGGCAAAGAGAUAACCACCACGACAGCGACAACCCGCACAGUCGGUUUUUCUCUAUCGCAUUGACGCUCGUGGCGAAGCGCUCCGAGAUCGAGAUUUCCGACCUCCCAGCUGUGUUCCAGGACUACAGCGGCAGGAUCUACGCGGAUGAUCGCAAGGAUAUACGCGUACUGGACGCAAAGGCCUCUGCGCACGCCAAAGUUGGCUUGACUGGAUCUGAGGGCGCCGUCGUCGUCGUCCGCCCAGAUGGGCAUGUCGGCGUUUCGGUGCGGUUAGUCGAGGGCCAAGGCACAGUGGAAGCACUGGAAGGGUACUUUGCCGGCUUCUUGAACGGAACGUACGAUAAAGAUGGGAGGAGUCGUAGCAGAACAGGGCUAGGUGGAGGUUCUGAGCACGUGAGAGCACAGCUUUGA